AUGGUGUCCACUCGGCGAGGCACUGCAAACGCAGAGCCGGACAUGACUGGCAUUGGACGGCCCAGACCGCUCCGACAGACGAGCGACACCAUACAUAUCAUCGUUCCCAGCGCCAAGAAGUUCGAGAAAGCUCAGAACAAUCGCAGAGUGCCAGACACUCCUCCUAGAAUGGCGCUCUCCGGCAACAUUAGUGAACAUGAUCUCAGUCUCAAAUCCCCAAGCACCGGCGAGUCUCCAGAGGUACUCACUGUCAUGACGCCGAAGAAACGACAAGGCUCAACUGAUCCCACCGAUCGAACUGUCUCCUCCGCCCUGCGGAGACUCGCACCUAAGCCUUUCGCGAACAUGAGCGGCAGCAGCCACAACCCCAUCAUCGUCAACGAGGAUCCAUCACCUCCACGACGAGCAACGCGAGCCCCGAAGCGCAGACAGAAACACAAAAAGCUUUCAGAACCGCAUCAGUUCAUCGGCAACGGAUAUAGGGAACUAUACAGUUACGGUGUCUCCAGACCGGCAUUGGCAGCCAUGCCUGCGAACGGCAGCACAUUCACCGGGCACCAGAGUCACGAUAUCUAUCGAAUGAUGAGCGCGAAGAUCACUGCCGCGCCUGAAGUCAGCCCGAACGCAGCAUGGGGUCGACACACGCUCAAUGUACCUUUUGAAGUACAGUAUCCACUCUCAGCGCCAGUUCUUGCGCAACACGCGCCACAACACCAACCAGCAUAUGCGCAGCAUUAUCAUGUUCAAGGACCCUCCAAUACAUACGUCUUGCCAAUGGUCCCCUCUCAGAACGAAAACUCGCUCCGUAGGCGAGCUGUGCAUCACAUUCAAGAGUACUCACGAACUUCACCACAGAAGAGGAAGCUCGCCGAUGCUGACCUUGCUGAAACCGGCGAUGAUGAAGCCGGAGAACACCAGCGGAAUGCUCGACCGCAAUCGAGCCGUCCGACUACUCAAUUGAAUGCCACGCCUGUGUCCAGGGUACGCAACGUUGACCAACAUAGGAAUCACACGCCAACGGUACAUCGAGGCCCAGAUCCCAACCUCCUCGUUAGUCAUCUCAUUGAGCAUACCUCACUUAUCGCAUCCUUGCUACAAGUCUAUCAUCAAUCUGCAGACAAGAAGGGUUUGCAGAAUGAUAUAUCGAUGAUGGUCCAGAUCCAGAAUCAAUAUAUGAGCGCUUGGAUGGAGGCUGAAUCACAGAGCUCGCGCAAGAGAACAAAGAACAACGGUGAUGGUGCUGUCAGUCUGGCGAGCCACCAACAGCCUCUCAUCAGUCCCGCGAUGAAGGUUCAGAACGAAAAGGACCAUACAGUGCGUCAGGCUCUUUCUGCUGAUGCCGACAUGUGGCAAGAUGGUACAGGGCAUAGUGUUGCGGACGCGUUCGCGGCCGUACCUGCAUCAUCACCGAUAGCGAGCAGCUCUGAUGGAAAGAUAGUCGCUCCUGAUAGUGUGCUUUCGAGUACUACAAUGCAACGCCAACAUGUCCAGGAACUGGUUGGCACCGAAGACACCAUCGUCAAAACCCCACCACAGUCGCUUUCAGAUCCUGGGGCGACGUCAACAAGACACAAGGGUAUUCUCAUCACACCUAUUCAACGUAGAACACCACAAACACUCGACCAGAUGGCAAAGGCGGCCAAGGAUAACCCCAAGACUAUGAACUACACGACUCGCUCAUCUACUCCUUCCAAAGACGUGAGAACUCCCACAAAACUAUCUCCCCGCUCCGCCAGCUCUCCAAUCACACCAACUACCAAGGAUGACGCUUCGUCUCAACAUGGCAACGGCGAGCAUUCUUCUUCCCGCAGCAAGCGCAGCGCCCCUAUACGACCUGCCCUCAGCUCUGAGGUCGGCAAACUCCAAGUCUCCGGUAAAGGCGAUGCUUCAAGCAGCUUCCACAGUGAGAGCUCGAGCGACUUUGGUACCCGAAGGCCGGUAUUUCGCUUUGAACGACGCGUUGCGGGUGAAGGCGGGGAAGCUGAAGCGAAUGAUGAUGCGACACCGACUGUGGAUGAGUGA